CUCCAAACCCGCUGGGCGACCCAGGCAGGUAAUUGCAGUAAUCUAGCAAUUCUACGGCAUAGCAGGUGGCCCUCGCCCCCCCCACUCGAUCCUCUUUUUGCUGCAUUUCCGGUCCCGUGUCUGCUUGCAACACCGCAACGAACAUAACAUACUUUUCUCCCCGUUCCCAUUUCCACCUUUCCCCUUCCUCUGCCAAACCAACCCCCGAUCCGCCUUUUUAAAUACAACAACCACACCACUCCUCUGUUGCCGCAACCAUGGAUGAGAUUGCAAAGGAAUACGAUGUUAUCGUGCUGGGCACUGGCCUGACUGAGUGUAUUCUCUCUGGUGUCCUCAGUGUGAAGGGUAAGAAGGUCCUCCACAUUGACCGCAAUGACCACUACGGCGGCGAGGCAGCUUCCGUGAACCUCGAGACGCUCUUUAAGAAGUAUGGCAACUACGCACAGGGCGAGGAGCCCUGGACAAAGUACGGCCGUCUGAAUGACUGGAACAUCGACCUCGUUCCCAAGUUCCUCAUGUCUGCUGGCGAGCUGACCAACAUCCUCGUCUCAACUGACGUCACACGAUACCUCGAGUUCAAGCAGGUUGCCGGCAGCUACGUCCAGCAGGGCCAGAGCUCCAAGGCCACCGUCGCCAAGGUUCCCUCCGAUGCCGGUGAGGCCCUGCGCUCGCCCUUGAUGGGCAUCUUCGAGAAGCGCCGCAUGAAGAGCUUCAUCGAGUGGGUCGGCACCUUCGACAUUAAGGACCCCGCCACGCACAAGGGCCUUGACAUCAGCACGGUCACCAUGAAGGAGGUCUACGACAAGUUCGGCCUCGAGACUGGCACUCGUGACUUCAUCGGCCAUGCCAUGGCCCUCUUCACCACCGAUGACUACCUCAACAAGCCCGGUGCCGCCCCGGAGGCCAUUGAGCGCAUCCGCCUGUACGGCACCUCGGUUGCCCGCUACGGCAAGUCUCCUUACAUCUACCCUCUGUACGGUCUCGGCGAGCUUCCCCAGGGUUUCGCCCGUCUGUCGGCCAUCUACGGAGGUACCUACAUGCUCAACACCAACGUCGACGAGGUGCUGUACGAGGGCGGCAAGGCUGUCGGUAUCAAGGCCACCAUGACUGGCGUUGAGGAGAUGAAGUUCGAGACCAAGGCCAAGAUGAUCCUCGGCGACCCCAGCUACUUCCCUGGCAAGGUCAAGGUUGUCGGACAGGUCCUGCGUGCCAUUUGCAUUUUGAAGCACCCUCUGGCCGGCACCAGCGACGCCGACUCUGCCCAGCUCAUUAUCCCCCAAUCCCAGAUUGGCCGCAAGAACGACAUCUACAUCGCCUGCGUCUCAUCGGCACACAACGUCUGCCCCAAGGGCUACUGGAUCGCUAUCGUCUCGACCAUUGCCGAGACCAACGCCAACCACCACGUCGAGCUUCAGCCCGGCCUGGAGCGUCUCGGUCAGAUCGAAGAGCAGUUCAUGGGUGCCCCCAUCCCCAUUUACGAGCCCACGGACGACGGCACCGGCGAUAACGUCUUUGUCUCCAAGAGCUACGACGCCAGCAGUCACUUCGAGAGCACGACCGACGACGUCAAGGACAUCUACCGCCGCGCCACCGGUGAGGAGCUCAAGGUUGAGGGCCUGAGAGAGGGUCUCCAGGUCGCAGCUGAGCAGUAGGCGCGAGGUUGUUAUGGAACCACGGAAGGAGGGCUACAGGCGGGGGGAAGUCGAGUCUUGAGAGGCAUCAAGCCAUCGUAUGUCGCAACAGACGGCAAUCCGGAGUAGAUAUAUAUACGCCUCGGACGUAAAUCAUCUUGGGGUGGGACUCUUCAAGGUUAUUUCAAACCAAAUUACUGCACUUUUUAAUCCCUUCAUCCAUAGUGUCCGCAACACAAAUGUAACAUGCGGACGAGCACGAUGCAAGCCUUGGGGUGGGGGGUAU